AUGAAAACGUUUAAGGUGCUGGCCGAUUAUGUUUUAAAAACGAAAAAUUUGCAAGAAGAAAGUUUAGUGGAGUGGAUUAGCGAGAUUCUGGAUGAAGAGUUCGAUCUUUUAAUGGAGGAUAACAGCACUGACUGGAUCGCUGCUUCUCUGCUAAAAUGCAGAGACUGGUUAGUAAGGGGACAAAAAGCUGAAUUUGAGGAAUUUCUGUCUAAAUUGCCGCCAGAUUCUGCUGUGGAAUCGGCAAAGGCACAGAGUCGAGUGGCGGAUAGUGCGGCUGAUGAAGAAAGCAGCGAAGGCGAAGAUCCUGUACAAGAAAGUGAACAAGAAACGGCGACACAUAGGCCAUCCAGAACAACUGAAUGUGAUGAGGACGGUUGGACCGUUGUCACUCGUGGCAGACGACUGUGA